AUGGAUUCCGACGACGAUAUGCUCUCCAAUCUGUCAAGCGACGAAGACGUCCUUCAGGAUGAUGACAGUGACAACUCGGUCGACGAUGGUUUCGACUUCGACGAUGAACCCGAGCCAGACCUGCCCGGACAGAUCGACUUCAGCCCGAAGAAGAAGGUCUCGUAUGAGAUCACGUACAAGGUCUACCUACCAGAAGAGCUACAGAAUCAGCAAGACGAACUAGUCGACGAGGUCAACAUGAUCCUCGAAUUAUCCAAGGAGGAUGCUGCCAUACUUCUUCGUCAUUUCCGCUGGAACAAGGAGAGGCUGAUCGACGAGUACAUGGACAGAGGACCCAGGGUCCUUGAGGCUGCCGGCCUCGGUUCUGAAGCGUCUGGCGGCCCGCACCUGGAGGUCAUCCCGGGCUUCACGUGUGACAUCUGCUGCGAGGACGGGGACGGCCUCCAAACAUUCGCCAUCAAGUGCGGACACCGGUACUGCGUCGACUGCUACAGGCAAUAUCUUACACAGAAGAUCAAGGAGGAGGGUGAGGCUGCACGGAUCCAGUGCCCCUCGGAGGAUUGUCACCGUAUCAUCGAUGCGAGGUCACUCGACCUGCUCGUCACCGAAGACCUGGUCGACAGAUACCGGCGGCUUCUCAACCGGACCUACGUACAGGACAACGACACCUUGAAGUGGUGCCCCGCGCCGGACUGCGAGAAUGCCAUAGGCUGCAGCGUCAAGAAGAAGGACCUGGACAAGAUCGUGCCUACAGUGGCCUGCUCUUGUUCACACCGCUUCUGCUUCGGUUGCAUUCUUACCGAUCACCAGCCCGCCCCCUGUGAGCUGGUCAGGCGAUGGCUCAAGAAGUGUGCCGACGACAGUGAGACUGCCAACUGGAUCUCAGCGAAUACCAAGGAGUGCCCCAAGUGCAACUCGACGAUCGAGAAGAACGGGGGUUGCAACCACAUGACGUGCCGCAAGUGCAAGUACGAGUUUUGCUGGAUGUGCAUGGGCCUAUGGUCGGAGCAUGGCACCAGCUGGUACAACUGCAACCGAUUCGAAGAGAAGAGCGGCACCGAGGCGAGGGACGCCCAGGCUAAAUCUAGGGUCUCGCUGGAGAGGUACCUACACUACUACAACCGCUACGCCAACCACGAGCAGUCGGCGCGUCUCGACAAGGACAUCUACCAGAAGACGGAGAAGAAGAUGAUUCAGCUCCAGACGGCGUCGGGCAUGUCUUGGAUUGAGGUUCAGUACCUCAACGCCGCAUCCCAGGCCCUGCAGACCUGCCGGCAGACCCUCAAGUGGACAUAUGCCUUCGCGUUCUACCUGGCACGGAACAACCUCACCGAGAUUUUCGAGGACAACCAGAAAGACCUGGAGAUGGCGGUUGAGGCCCUGUCUGAGAUGUUCGAGAAGCCGAUCUCAGAGCUCUCAGACUCCAAACUGAAGGUCGAGAUUAUGGACAAGACGGCCUACUGUAACAAACGGCGCGUGAUCCUCCUCGACGACACGGCUGAAAAUCUCGCCAACGGCAAGUGGAAGUUUAAUGUGGACCUGCACGCCCCCUCGCCAACGGCUGCUAGCGGUCGUCGAUAG